GGGGUUGUUUUAUUUUUGUUGGAGAUUGGCUGGCUGGCUGGCUGGCUGUUUCUUUUUUCUCUUUCUUGAGGGAGAGAUCAUUGGUGGGGUGUGUGGAAUGUGCGGGAAUACAUACAUACAACGAGGAGGGAUACGUACAAGGAGAGGAGAAUAAACGCCUGAUGACAAGGGACGGAUGUAGAUGCCUAGAAACGAAACAAGGACGCCUAUGAGACGAGAUGGGAUGAGGAUGAGGAUACAGGACGCCUAUGAGACGAGAUGGGAUGAGGAUGAGGAUACAGGACGCGUUGAGACGAGGUGCUAUGGGUGGAUGUGUACUAUCUAUCUAACUAUGGCUUGCUUGCUCGACGUGGUGGUGGUGGGCUUAUACAACAACGCAACGUGGGUACCUAGUACCUACUUAUUGCCUACUAUACUUAUACUUGGGGUAAGAGGAGGAGGAAGAGGAAGAGGAAGAGUACCUAAUACAUAUGUACCUACCUACCUACAUACACACACACACACAUAUUUCUGCGCACAAUAAGUAGAUGUGUUUAUCAUGAUACCA